AUGAAUCUGUGUGGGAAGGAGCUGUCCAACCUGCUGGGCAUCAUGACGGAGGAGGCGUGCAAUAAUACAUUCGAGGGCCUCUCCACCGCCUUCCACCAUUACUUCACGAAGGCCGAUCAUUUUCGGGUUGGAUCGGUGUUGGUAUUGCUCCUGCAGCAGCCCGACCUGUUGCCCACCUCCCCGCAGCGCCUCACCGCCCUCUACCUGCUGUGGGAGAUGUAUCGUACAGAGCCCAUGGCCGCUAACCCUUUUGCCGCGGUCUUCGCCCACCUCUUGAACCCCCCGCCCUCGGAGGAAGCCGAGAGGCCGCUGUCAGGAUUCUUACCACCCAUCACGCCACCUGAAAAAUUCUUCCUCUCGCAGCUGAUGCUUGCACCGCCCAGGGAACUGUUUAAAAAGACUCCCAGACAAAUUGCCGUUCUGGAUGUGGCCAAUCUGGCCCAACCUGUGGACAUCAGUGGCCUUCAGUUAGCGCUUGCAGAGCGGCAGUCUGAGCUCCCGACCCAGAGCAAGGCCAGUUUCCCGAGCAUCCUAAGCGACCCUGAUCCUGAUUCUUCUAAUUCUGGAUUUGACAGUUCGGUUGCUUCACAAAUCACUGAGGCUUUGGUUAGUGGCCCGAAGCCACCUAUAGAAAGCCAUUUUCGCCCAGAGUUCAUUCGUCCUCCUCCACCUUUGCAUAUUUGUGAAGAUGAGCUUGCUUGGUUGAAUCCAAUCGAACCUGAUCAUGCCAUCAAAUGGGACAAGUCAAUGUGUGUGAAGAACAGCACCGGCGUUGAGAUCAAACGUAUAAUGGCCAAAGCCUUCAAAAGCCCACUGUCUUCUCCUCAGCAGACACAGCUACUUGGAGAGUUGGAAAAAGACCCCAAACUGGUUUAUCACAUCGGCCUCACCCCAGCUAAGCUUCCUGAUCUAGUGGAAAAUAAUCCUUUGGUUGCCAUUGAAAUGUUGCUGAAGUUGAUGCAGUCUAGUCAAAUUACAGAGUAUUUUUCUGUUUUGGUCAACAUGGAUAUGUCCCUGCAUUCGAUGGAAGUAGUUAAUCGACUAACUACAGCAGUUGAUCUGCCACCUGAAUUUAUCCAUCUUUAUAUCUCCAACUGUAUAUCCACUUGUGAGCAAAUUAAGGACAAAUAUAUGCAGAAUCGUCUGGUGAGACUAGUGUGUGUUUUCCUGCAGUCUUUAAUUAGGAAUAAAAUAAUUAACGUCCAGGACUUGUUCAUAGAGGUGCAGGCAUUCUGCAUAGAGUUCAGCAGGAUCCGGGAAGCAGCUGGUCUGUUCAGGCUCCUGAAGACUUUGGAUACCGGAGAAAACCCAACAGAAGCGAAACCUGCUAAAUAAUCCACGUUCUUGGUCACCGAACUGAUCUUUUCUUGCAUCUUGUCCCCCUAUCUCUGUUUAUGGCAUAACAGUACUUGUAUGUCCCAUUCAGAUCCAAGCAGGUGGUACCAGAAUAUUUGUGCCUGUGAUGACAUGUAAUGCCCAGAAUUUCACUACUUCCACCUGUACAGGAAGAUUAGAACCUACUUCUAUGUAAUCUGUGAUAGAUGCUUUCAUCUGCAAGCAGUAUGUAGUUGUAAGAGGGUCCCAGACAUGGUUUGGCCAAUGAAAUUACCACCAUGUUGUACAUAUCUUGCAUAUGUAAUCACAUUUUGCUGUGGUGCUCUUAAUUUCAGCCUGAAGAAUGCUGUGCUUUGGAGUGAAGUGAAAUGACACAUAUUGCAUUGUUAUAUUAACAAUGAAGCUAGCGAAUAUAUCAGGGGGUCCUUAACCUGUUUGCCAUAGACUGUUGGUUACUGGAUGGAAAUAAUUGGACAGUGCAGACACUUUCUCUCUGAAUGUGGCCCAGGUUAUAUUAGGGAGGAGAUGUAAUGUAAAUAUACAUGACACUUGUGAUUUUUUAAGUCAUUAUCUCUACAAUAUUACCAAAAUAUUCUGCAAGUAAAGACUAUUGCAAGGUAUUGUAUGUAGUCUACAACGUAUUUCUCAUGCAUUGGUUUUUGUCAUGUUAACAAAUACCACAUUGCUGUUUUUUUUUUUUUUGUUUU